AUGUCCAGCAAAGAGCGCGUUUCUGUGAAUGAGACAGCAUCGGCAUGGCGUUGGUCCAGUGCGUCGUCUCGAGGUCGCCACGUUGUGCGUCUCCCCGUCUUCCACCAUUUGGUGCUGCGUGCACACCAAUUCCACUGCACUUCUUUGACCUCCACAUCUGUGGAAGCAGGAGCUGGCAGUGUGACUCGAAGGCUAUUUCAACUGAAGCCUUUGCAUUGCCUGUUGGUGCAGAGAGAAAAGCCCUCAAUGACUGGCACGAUACAGGCAUCUUCUUCCGUAAUUGUUUACCUUAGGUCCCACUCCACACCCUACCUCCACCAAUCAAAUGCUGCUGACCAGGCUACGCCAUCAACACCCCUCCACGCCAUCCUGCUCCACUGCAUGAAUGACACCCCACUUCCGGCACAACGCUCCCCAGGUGGUCCACACUGCUCAGCACUUGACGUCGACGAAACCGUCGUCAGUCCGUACCAUUCCGGUUCUUAA